AUGGUGGUUGACUCCGACUCUGGAGAGGAAUGGGAGGCUUCCCCGCCGCCUCCGAAGCAUCAGGGGAGAGUGGGGAAGCUCAAGGAUGAGGGCAAGGCUAAGGGCAAGCGCCGUGUGAGCGACAUACACGCUUCACCACGAACUCCGCUAGCCGAGGUGGACUUGAACGAUGAUGCUGCCGAGAGGAGAGCACGAAGGCAGAGCUUGAAGCGCUCAGCAUCAGUGCGGAAUGUGGAGGAACACCUGCCCAAGGCAGAGAGGACGAACUCGGACAAGAGCAUUUCGGCCGUUGCCGCACAGGCACCACCACCCAGUUUGCAGAUCUUGAGCAGUAAUUUUGAGGAGUGGAUGAAAAUGGCAACCGACAACAAAAUCAACGCAACAAACUCCUGGCAUUUCGCUCUCAUUGACUACUUCCAUGACAUGUCCCUUCUCCGCAACGAGCUGGACAACAGCAUCAAUUUCCAGAAAGCCUCCUGCACACUCGACGGAUGCGUGAAGAUUUGGACAAGCCGCGUGGACAGUGUUGCCACCGAAACUGGAAAGCUGUUGAGCGGACUUGCUGAUGACGGUCGCAAUGCGGCUCAGCAGGAUGAAGAGGGGAAUGAGGAUGCUGCGGAGGACGGCGAGGAGGGUGCUGUCGCCAAAGCAAAACGGCGGACACAUAGGACCGAAACGACUCUCGCCAAGUCAUAUGCUCAUUUACAGGUGAAGAAGUUCGAUUUGGAGUUCACGGUAGAUCCGCUGUUCAAGAAGACUAGUGCGGACUUCGAUGAAGGAGGUGCCAUGGGUCUGCUCAUGAAUCAUCUUGGCGUUGAUGGGUCGCUCCGAAUUGUCUUCGACGCUGGAGAUUGCAAACUCGAAGAAGAAGAUAUCGAGGAAGAUCUCUCCGAGAUGAAAGGCGCAGAAGUCGAUCUCUCGUCGCUCCGUAUUAAGUACUUCCCCAGUAUGGCUGUUCUGGAAGACAGAGUUAUCUGCUCGACGUUGAAGGAUUUCAAGUUCUCUGCCGAUCAGACCAACUUGGAUCUCGCUUUUCUCAAUAUCGAUCGUAUCGAUGCCCAGACGCCCACUCCUGACGCGUGCGAUGCCUUCUCCGACGAUGGUGCCAACGGCGGUGGGGGAGAAGACUUCUUCACUGGUGACCAAGCCGUCGACGAUGAUGCCAAUGGAUGGGGUGGGGGUGGUGGAUGGGGAGGAGACGACGAUAACGUCGGCGGCGACGAUGCGGCAGAAGAUAGACAGUCGGCUGGCCCUGCAGGAGGCUCAAGGGUCACCUUUGGCGGCGUCGAAACGUUUGACCCUCGGCACCCGCCAAACGAGAGAGCACUGGUUAUGGCGCUUGGAGAGACUGAAGGCGCACUGGACUACUUUGACCAAACCCUGCUCAAGAACUGGGCAGGGCCCGAACAUUGGAAGAUGCGCAAGGUUAUCCGGAAAGUUACACCGGACUCCUCAACAUCAGGAACCAAGGCUGUUAAGGCCGAGAAGAAAGCAUUCGAGAUUGACUUCACUGCCCCAGCUCCUUCCACGAAGCAAUUGUUUGCUCCUUCCGGCCGGACGGCAAUAACGCUAGCCGGAACCCGGGCGCCCAAUAAGAGAAAGCGUAGCUCAAGAUCAAAAGCGGCUGCACCACCGAAACGUGAUGAACAUCUGCUGCCUGAUGACAUGCACUUCAGCAGUGCACAGCUCUUACGACUCUUCAUGAAGCCAAAGUUUGCAUUACGAAUGCGACGGCACGGACAGGUUAUAAAAGGUCAGUAUGAAGACGGAGAAGUUGAUGAACGAUUCUGGGCACAAGCGGCUGCUGACCAGGCUGGUGGGCUUGAGAUCGAUCAAAGCGACGGAGAGCAAAUACCAUUCGGUACCCAAUUCUUCAUGGACGAUUUCGACGACGAUGGAGGUGAUUUGCUCGCUGCUACCCAAGAACAGCUAAAACGGGUCCGGCCAGAGUUUGUCAACUACUCUAAGAAAGCGAAGCGGGUCGAUGUUCGAAAACUCAAGGAGAAUAUCUGGAAAGGCCUUGACAUCAUGGUUGAUCAUGGCCCCGAGGACAAAGAGAUAGAUGUUGUGCCCACCCACCCGGACGAGGGUCGACAAUUUGGGGCAGUUGUGCAAGACCUGAAGAAGAGCUAUCCCAGAGACAAGCUCGAGGAGAUAAGUACAAGCUUCUGCUUCAUUUGCAUCCUUCAUCUCGCCAACGAGCAGGGCCUGAAGCUUGUGGCUGGUGAAUUGGAUGAGAACGGCGAGCGUAAGGUGGCAGAAUUAUCAGACCUGCAGGUGUUUAGAGAUCCCAAUGCGACGCCAGCAGCUUGA